CAUGGGCUCCUCCCACCGCCACCUCCUCCGCCUCCUCGACGACCCCUUCUUCCCCUUCCCUCCACCACCACCCUCCUCCUGCCCCUUCCUCCCUUCCCCAUUCGCCUUCCCCCACCACGACCUCGACACCCUCGACCUCUUCCUCCCGCCCCACCACACCGCCGACCCCUUCUUCCCCACCCCCUCCCCCUUCACCGCCCCCCACGCCUUCCUCCUCCACGACCUCACCGACCGCGUCGCCGCCCUCGAGCUCGCCCUCGCCGCCCGCGCGCCCCAGCCCGCGCGCCGCAAGUGCACCUACGCCGCCACAUCCCCGGGCGGCCGCAAGGUCAAGUGGACCGCCGAGGAGAAGCCGCGCACCGGCCUCCGCGCGCUCAAGUGGGAGGCCGAGCUCGCCUCCCCCAACGAAGACGGAUUCGACCGCAAGUGGCGGUGGGAGACCAAGUCCAAGGCCGGCAAGGCCAAGACCAAGUGGGGCACCGAGAUCAAGGGCAAGGGAUGCCUCGAGCCAUGGUCCCACGCCUACUCCUGGGAGGAGGACUUCAGCGGGUCAGACGACGACGACGAACAGGAGCGCAAGCCGGAGAAGAAGAAGGAGAUCAAGCCCGCCGCCAAGGAGGACAAGAAGGACAAGAAGACGACCAAAUGCGUCCAGAUCGAGGAGAUCCCCGAGGACAACACCGCCGGAUGCGACGCCAUCAGGAAGGCUUUUGCUAUGGGCAACGACAAGGGGAAGGCCAAGGAGCUGUCGCCGCAGGACGCCGCGCUGCUCAUCCAGAUGAACUACAGGAAGCACCUCGCCCACCGCUCCCAGGUGCUGCGCUGCCUGCGCGACCUCGCCGUGGCCAAGGCCAAGCUCAAGGAGCUCAGGUCCUUGUUCUACAACCUCAAUUACAGGCGCCGCUGCAGCCAUGACCAUGAGGAGCGCCAGAGGUUCUCUGAGAAGAUUAUUGUCCUGCUCCUCACUGUCGAUGCGCUUGAGGGACCUGACUUCAUGGUGAGGACGGCAAAGAAAUCUAUGCUGGAGGAACUCGAGGGGAUGCUGGAGAUUGUGGACCCACAGCCACCUGGUAAGGAGAGGUCGUUUAGCCGCCGAAAGUUUGAUCUUCCGCAGGGUGGAGCCAUCCCGAAUGAGAAGUCAGCUGCUGUGAACAACACAGUCAAAGUCAUCAACACGGGCAAGGGCAAGUAAUGUGGACCACUAGGUCCACCAUGCACAUCGUUGUCGCUGGGUACCACAGCCGAUCGAUGGAGCUUGUAGUGCCGUGCCUCGUGAGAAGUACGAUCUCCUUGUUAUUUUCUAGUAUCUCUGAGAAGUAUUGGACUUGUUGUGAACCAUUGUUGUGGUUGUUGUCGUCGCACUUGUAGCAUGUAUGAUCUGUGUCCUUUGCUUUGGACUUCUUGUAUGCUGUUGUUUGAACUGCAAGUAGAUGAAUUUGUGGUGCUUUAUCA